CACCGUUAACUGAUUCCUUUAUCUGGUUCCCACAUCUCAGGCUAUGUAUUUCCAUCCAGGCUGGCUGGUAAUACACCUUUGGCCGCCCUGCUUCUCGCUCCUCCAUCAUGGCUAGUUUUCCUCUGGACGUGGCUGGUGUGAUUUCCGUAUGGUUCCAGACCCUACUAUAUGGUACAGAAUCAUCCCUAAACGCUCUUUAUCUAACUUGGUCGUGUCCUCUUCAGGAAUCUAUACCUGUCUUUUUUUCACUACCACUUACAUCUCGCUAAGGAAGAGGAUGUUACACACGAUACCCGCUAAAGUCUUUUUUGUUGCUACCAUCGUUAUGUACGCGAAUUGUACGACUCAUGUCGCAAUUAACUUGUAUCGACUACUUCAAGGAUACGUUUAUCAGCGGACGACCGUCGGUCCUGAGAACUACUUUGCAGAUCUAGGCCGGUGGGAUAAUAUUGUUCACGAUGCCCUCAAUGCCCUCAUGACGUGGAUGGGUGAUUCCCUCAUUAUCUACCGAUGUUACCUAGUCUGGGACAAUAAUAUUUACAUCGUCAUCCUGCCAGCGCUAUUGCUGAUUGUGAGCAUUGUCUCGAAUAGUGUGGCGCUUCACCUAUUCACCCAGGUACCCCUGGGUACCAUAUUCGGCCCGUCGCUCGUCGCUUGGAUGAGGACCAUAUAUGCCACGGCGUUUGCUCAGAACGCGUUGACGACGGGCUUGAUCGCAUACCGAAUUUGGAGGCAAGAGAUGAAUUCACGUAGAGCAGGGCUUCGUUCGAAAGAGUCGUCUUCCGACAGUCUUUUACCAGCCAUAAGGAUCAUCGUGGACUCUGCGGCGUUGUAUAUGGCGUUACUUUUAUGCCUUAUCGUUUUGUACGCGAUCAACCACAAUGGGCAGUUCGUCAUGCAAGAAGCAUCGGUUCCUGCUAUCGGUAAGUCAAUUGUUUUAUUAUCCCUUUCGGAACCAGCCGAUACCCGUUUGAACAAGGCAUUGUGUUCUGCUCAAUCUCCCUUCGACUUUCUCUGCGAUCCUAUGCCAUAUGGAAGACGUCUGGCGGUCAAGUUAGUGUGAAUUUGAAGUGGACAGAGCCAACAGAUCUCGAUACGAGCAUUGAAGAUACCCCUUACCGGCGUUAGUUCCCACCACCUCGGAUCGGAUGGUUUCACGACCCGUGCGGCGCAACAGCAAAAUGGAGUCUAUGAAGCACCUCCGGACUUGCGGUGAGACUGUACAAAAUACUUCCACCUAGGAUCAUUUCCCGCGUGUAAUUAUUUAUUUACGGACUAUCAAUGGCCCUUUCACUAG